ACAUAUUAUUUGUUAUAUUUAUAAUUUCCUUGUGGAUUUGGGCAUACUAUCUCAUGCACACCUUUCCUUAGGUAGAGAUAACCAUCAUUCCUGUCAUUUUCAAUUGUUUUAUUUUAGAUCAUUCAGGUCAAUUGUGAUAUUUUUUAUUAUUGUAAACAGCAUCACUGAGAAUAUCUUUGAACUUUUGGAGGGUAGGGGAUUAUUUUCUUGAGGUGGUCUUUCCAGACUACAACUAUCAGAUUACCAGAUUAAAGGCUGUGAAUUCCUUUUUAGUUUUUGUCAUUAUCACCAGAUUGGUCUCCAGAGAAAUGUCAUCCCUUGAAAGUACCCCAGCAGUGUGUGUACAUGUGCUUAUAUCCCCCGAGGUCUCUAUUUGCUGUGGUUUUUUUCUUCGAGCUAGAUUCGGUGCCGAGUAAGGACUGGGGGCUUAUCCCUGAGGGCUGAUGGAAAUAUUUCAGGGCCCUGGAAAGUCCCUGGGACUCCCCACAUCAUGCCUAGCAGUGGAUGAUGCCAGAAUUUUGCACCUUAAUAUAAAUAACCAACAAAAGAAUAGGUGAGGGGGGAAUACUUGUAGACGGGAAGAUGAAGAGAAUCUCAAGUUAUCUAAAUUCAGAUUGUGUCUCAGGCCAGGUUGUGUCUCAGGGUUGUGCUCAGGAUUGUGUCUCAGGCCAGCUCCGAAAUUGGGGAAGUGCUUUGUCGAGACUCGUGGCAGAACCUGCAUUGCCUGAAGGUGUAGAGGGAGGAGGAUAUCCGAGCAGGGUGGCGUGAUGGGAAGAGCAUUCACCUGGGCCAGCCAGACCUGGGCUCUCCUUCCAAAUGCUGAGGUCUGCAUGGCCUUGGUCUUGUUUCAUAAUCUCGCUAAGCUUUAAUUUCCCCCGUCUAUAACAAGGAGGUAAACAGCAUCCACUUUGCGGGGUUGUGCGGUAGGUUACAUGAGCUGGAAAGGGUAAAAGGAGCUUGCAAGGUGCCUGACACACAGGCACUCAAGAAUGCUCUUCUCCUCCUGAAUGAAUGGGCACUGGGUGACCAGAUGACUGAGAAACCAACACAGAGCCUGGAGUGAUUUGAGCCCUGAGCUGGCAUGAGCCACCGACCCACAGUGACAUUUAUCAAAGUGCUCUGGACAGCGCCUGUUGCCUGGCUGUGCGUGGAAAGUGAAGAGGGUAAAGACCUCGUAUAAGCUAAUUGGAGGCAGGCACCCAUGCCUUAAGGAGCACUUCCCCAGCCACUCAGACCCUGAAGUCUUUUAAAGAGAUAGGUACUCUGGCCUGAGAAGGAGGAGGCACUCCAGAGGAGCUCACAGCACUCCUGGCAUAGGAACUGCUUGGCACGGCUCUGCCUGCCAGUCACUUGACUUUGCUGUGUCUUCAUUUCCUCCCCUGCUGAGGAAGGCUGAUUCAAUAUGCCUCCUCUAACCACCAUAGCACUAUAUUUAGUGUUUCAGUACAAUUGUGGCAAAUGAGACCACAAGCUCAGAUUCUAGCCCCCACACUUCCACUUAAUAGCCUUGUGACUUCAGAGCUUCUCAAAGGCAGUCUGCCUCAGUGUCCACAGCUGUGAACUGGGGACUAGCUCCCUCCCUGAGUGGCCGCAGGAUACAACUAGCACAGUUCCUAUGUGGUUUCCCCCAUGCCGAGGGCUAUGCCGUGCGCCUCACCUGCCAGCUCGUUUGCUUUUGGAAGAAGGUCCCUUGGAAUUCAGAGUUGUCCUUUAUGGAAGGCAUCCUGACUGCGGCUGCGAAUGCAGAUAGAAUCCAUUGAUAAAAUAGAGCCCAGCUAAUGAUUGGCCAAGUUCCUGCCCUCAGAGGUGGGGGCUGAAAGAGAGUGUAUACUGUCAAAUGAGAAGGUCAGGUGCUAGCCUAAGCCCGAGUGAGUUUACACAACCGUGGCGGGCCACAGGUGACGGUGGUGCUCAAAGUCUGUUGGGAGGGGAUUGGUCCCCUAAAAACCGUAUUGGAAAAUUCCCGACAAGUUCUUUCUAAGGCUGGUACAGGGAGCCGCACCGGGUGUUGGUGGCUGGCUCAGCCAUUCCUGAGGCAUCUGGGCUGACGUUUUCAACGCAGGAUAUUGAUGUUGAAGGAAGGGGAGAGGAUUGUGGAGACUCCAGGCUUCCCACACCUACCAGAGAUUUCCAGAAUGCUGGGAGGCAGUGUCUACGAGCCCUCCACACAGCCGUGUGCCCUGGAGUCCCACCUGGAUGCUUAAGAGAGAAGACACGGUUCAAUGUGUAGACCUUCUCCCUCUCCAGCAUCUCCACCCUCCAAUUCCAGGACAUCAUUAGGACAGGUGAAAACAAAAGCCUGUCUCAGCGGCCAGAACUCUGCCAACAGCAUCUCAAAGCCAUUCAAAACGCCCAAAGACAAUCUACUUACCUCCAGCAGCAAACAGCACACGGUCUUUUCUGCGAAGGGAUCAAGGGACAAAGCAUGCGUUCCGGUUCCUGUAGUCAGUUUAGAGAAAAUCCCUAAUCUAGUGAAGGCAGAUGGUGCCAAUGUCAAAAUGAACUCAACAACCACUACUGCGGUCACCUCCUGCUCCACCUCGUCCUCUGCCGUCUCCACCCCACCUUUAAUUAAGCCAGUCUUGAUGUCUAAGUCAGUGCCACCCUCCCCAGAGAAGAUCUUAAAUGGCAAAGGAAUUUUGCCCGCCACAAUAGACAAGAAACACCAAAAUGGCACCAAAAACAACAACAAGCCUUACAGGAGACUUUCAGAGAGAGAAUUUGACCCAAAUAAACACUGUGGAGUAUUGGAUCCCGAGACAAAGAAACCUUGCACAAGAUCCCUCACCUGCAAGACACAUUCGCUAAGCCAUCGGAGGGCAGUCCCAGGCCGGAAAAAGCAAUUUGACCUCCUUCUGGCAGAACACAAAGCCAAGUCCCGCGAAAAAGAAGUUAAAGAUAAAGAGCAUCUCCUGACUUCGGCGAGGGAAGUACUUCCAAACCAACCGGGGCCAGCGCAGGACUCUCUGCCAGGACCUUCGGGGAGCUCUGGGCCAGAACCGAAAGUCGCAUCCCCUGCAAAAUCCAGGCCGCCUAACUCUGUGCUUCCUAGACCAUCAUCUGCAAAUAGCAUCAGUAGCAACACAUCUUCAAAUCACAGUGGCUGCACUCCGGAACCCCCGCUACCCCCAGCUGGAGGUGACCUCACCAGCCGACUGUCAAGUGAUGAAGGGGAGAUGGACGGAGCCGACGAACCCGAGAAGUUAGACUGUCAUUUCUCUACCCACCACCCCAGACCUCUUGCGUUUUGCUCAUUCGGGAGUCGCCUCAUGGGACGAGGGUACUAUGUGUUUGAUAGAAGAUGGGAUCGUUUUCGAUUCGCACUAAACUCCAUGGUAGAAAAACACUUGAAUUCCCAGAUGUGGAAGCACAGAAACCCGAGCCACAGGGCGUCAGGUCCCUCCCCCCUUUUCAGGACUUGCCUAACCAAUCUGCUGUCACUGAGCAACAUUGGGGCUGCCUGGGUGUCAACUCUGGAAAGCGUAGCACCCCGCUGCCCUCUCAACCUCGCUGCCCAAACCCCAGGCCCCGACGGGCCCGAACCUGGAGGGAUGGCAGCCGAUGGGGGCGUGGAAGACAUUAGGAAGAAAAGGAACGGCCAAGACUCUUUUUUCUUUAACAAGCAUUUAACUCUGCAUCAGGAGACGCCAACACAGUAUUCUCUUUCAGCCAGGAAGAUCCCUCCUGCGGCAGAUAGCCCCAUGCCCUCGCCAGCAGCCCACACCUCCACCCCCGUUCCAGCAUCCGUUUUACAGCCUUUCAGCAACCCCAGUGCUGUGUAUCUUCCUUCAGCCCCCAUCAGCUCGAGACUCACCUCUUCUUACAUAAUGACAUCAGCCAUGCUCUCAAACGCAGCUUUUGUGGCGUCGCCGGACCCGAGCGCCCUCAUGUCACACACCACAGCUUUCCCCCAUGUGGCUGCAACCCUCAGCAUCAUGGACUCAACCUUCAAGGCCCCAUCCGCCGUGUCCCCGAUACCAGCCGCCAUCCCUUCCCCAUCCCACAAGCCAUCCAAAACCAAAACCAGCAAAUCCUCAAAAGUCAAAGACCUGUCUGCCCGUAGCGACGAGUCUCCAAGUAACAAAAAGAGGAAGCCGCAGCCUUCGACUUCCUCCUCCUCCUCCUCAUUAUCCUUGCAGACAUCCCUCUCGUCUCCAUUAUCAGGGCCCCACAAAAAGAACUGUGUGUUGAAUGCCAGUUCAGCUUUGAACUCCUAUCAGGCGGCCCCUCCCUAUAACAGUCUGUCUGUGCACAACUCCAACAAUGGGGUGAGCCCACUCAGUGCCAAACUGGAGCCCUCAGGACGGACCUCGCUGCCCAGUGGCCCCGCGGACAUAGUGAGACACGUGGGCUCGGUGGGCGGCAGCAGUGACUCCUGUCCCCUCUCUGUGCCCUCCCUUGCAGGGGACCUCUCUCUGGCCUCACACAAUGCCGUGUCUUCGCUGCCCCUCUCUUUUGACAAAUCAGAAGGAAAAAAGCGUAAGAACUCGAGUUCUAGUAGCAAAGCCUGUAAAAUCACUAAAAUGCCUGGUAUGAAUAGCGUUCACAAAAAGAACCCACCCGGCCUUCUCGCACCGGUGCCCGAUCCCGUUAACAGCACCUCCUCUCGGCAGGUUGGGAAAAAUAGCAGCCUACCUUUGUCACAGUCCAGUCCUUCAAGCAUAUCCAGUCCAGGACACAGCCGACAGAAGACCACCAACAGAACGGGCAGGAUCAGGACUCUUCCGUAACAAGACUGUGAAGCCACUUCCAAACCAAUGCCUGGCCACCCGGGGCUGAGGCGGGAGGAGGAGGGAGGGGUGUGCGCAGCCGGGGAGAGUCUGUUUCCUGUGCCGGCGGGUGGCUCUGGCCUUUCUUCUUCCUUUUUUAAUUGACCGGUUUUUAGUUCCGAAGAGAAAGCAAAAGGCAAAAGAACGUGAAUUUAAGAUUCACAGAAAACAGUACCAGUGUUUUGUUUCGGUUCCUUCAUUUGCCACGUGUACGCGUUCUUCCAAGUUCGGGGUCGGCCCUCUAUAGCUUCCGAUGCUGCUACCGCACCAUCCUUUUGCUCCAGCCAGGAGAGCAGACGCUGCAAGUGUCAGUUCCUGGUUGGCGUUGUCUGAAACUCUUGAACUUGAGCACACGCCGUGCUCCUUCCCUCGACCUCUCCCACCUGUCCCUUCCAUCCCCUCCCACCUGCCGCUCACGGGGUCCCCACUGGCCUUCGGGAAGGGGCUGGCUCUCACGAGCUCCCCUCUGGACAGCGUGCUGGGGGAGGGGCUUUGCUGGGAAACAGCCUGUGUCUGGGGCGCAGAGAGAGGAGAGCUGCGGGGCCGGGCUGAGCGCCCCCAGCAGGUUCCUGCGCUGCACCAGCACCGUAGGAGCCCGACGCUGUGGGCAAGUUGGAGAAAAGCGGCCACUGAACUAUGUCGUUUACCCAAUACCACUGUCCAGCUGUGCAGCUCAGAGAGGAUAUACUGGGUCAGGAACAGGGGCUGGAAUGGGCCUGGAAGGUGACAGGAAGCAGAGCAUAUGGGUAGGGGAAGAUAUCCCUCAAAAGACCGAGGAAACUGGGUGACUGAUCAGCGGAGCUUGUUAGGAAUCCACGCUGCCAAAUCCCUUCCCGGGUGCCGUGCACAAGGGCCCCAAAGCUGGGUGAGCCAGAGAAGGAGGAAUCCCAGGGAAAAGGCACGAGACCCCAGUGCCCACAGCGAUGGAGGUUCCUAAGCUGCCCUCCGGGGCCAGGCAAGAGGAGAAAACGCAAGGGUGGGGGUGCAGGAAGGGUCUGAGGGAAAGCUUCCGUGGAGGGUUAAGUAUCCAACGCCUGGUGAGAAUAAAUACUAGCACUGCCUGCGCCCCUCCGUGCCCUGGGCCCCUCCGUGCCCUGGGCCCCAGGGUCCCGUGCAAUCAGCAUUCCCAUAGAUCAGCUUAUACUAGGUUAUCACAAGCCCCGACUCGCAGCACCCCCACCCCCAGAAAGGCAUAGUAAGCCCAGCCACCGCCUAAUGAGGAAGAGCCAUUUGGAAGAGAGGGAAGAAAGAAGCCAGAGCCCUGCAGCUACAAAACUGUUCACACUGGAGUUUUGAAAGAAGUAGCAAUACGAUUAGCUCUAAGAGGGAAUCAUAAUCAGGAAUUCACAAUAUGACACAGGCAUCCUGCGCUAUUAAUCAUGAAACUUUGCGGACGAGAUAAUAGCAAGAGAUCCUAGGAAGUUUUGCUUCAUCCCUAAAUCAGAAAUGAAUGCCAGUUUUACAGCUGGACCCAAACCCUCAUCCCGGCCCUCAAGUUCCCCUUUUCUUCCCCAUCCCCUCAACCCAAAGAUCAGACUACUGUUAAGUUUCACCACAUUAGAUUUUGGGAAGACGGGAAGCAAACGGAGUGAUUUGUAUCAAUGGAAUUGCACUGACAGUGUUUCUUAUAGGAUUCCUAAAAUUUUUAAUAUAAAAUGAAGAUUUUUUUAAAAAUCAGGAGUUGAUAUUAGGUACCAGGACAUUAGUUCAGACGAUUUCAUUUUUAUUUCUACAGUGUUAAAAGUGCACUUAUAUGCUGGUUUAUUUACGUCUUGGGAAAAAGAGACUGCAAAUUGAAGGGAAGAUGGUUACUCUUUCUUUUUUAAAAAAAAAAAAGUUAAGGCAGAUUUUAAGACUUAUAAAUGUUUAAGAAAUUAUAAACAGGUUAGACCCUUUGGAAAAAAGUUUAGAAGAUAUUCUUAAAGUAAAUUUUUAUAGUGUUAAUUUUGUAAUAAUUUAUGUUUUACUAUAUUACAGAGCUAACUGACCAGAAUAGUUUCAGAAACAAUAUGAAACGUAGGAAAGUUUAAGCAAUGUUUAUAUUUUUAAAAUGUUCUUUGAAUUAUGUUUUUAUUGUACAUUUAUUCCAACUGAAAAGUAUGUACAUAUCUUUGUUAUUUUUGCACAACUUUUGUCUUGUUCGGUUUUAAGAAGUCUGUUGGUUUUUUUUUGUUUUGUUUAUAAUUUAUUUUAAGUUGUAAAAACUUGCAGGAGUAACAAAAACAAAAAAAAAAUCUCAGCAACAAAAUAACCCUCUGAGUUAUAAACUCUUACACUCGAAGAGGGAAAACAAAGGUUGAGAGAUUAAGUGGCUGCUUCUGAGAAAUAAUGUCUCGACAGGGACUAACGGAGCAAUUCAAUAGGUUUCGAUGUGUGAGCUGUCUCCAUCUGGAAUUGCAAGCUGGAAUAAAGAGGCCCCCCACCGAUGCUGCUUACUUGGUGAAAGACUGGCUCUGACCAAGGUGAGGACAUUGCUGGAAAACUGAGCAAAAAAGGGAAAACCCACGGUGUUUCUUCCUUCACAAUCAACCACAGGUUUACUUUUUAACGAUGUAUUAAAAACUCACAGCUUGAAAAGUGGAAUGCAAAUAAAAGGUUUUCUUUGGGUUUGUUUUAAUGGA